CCUGAUAAUAAAUUCACCAUUUGUAUACUGAAAAACGUUUCAAAUUCAUGUUUUAUAUCGCAGUUUUAUAUAGAACAAGGGUCAGUAUAUUGAUGGUGUAUAGCCAAUUCACUGUACUGUAACAUUUUAAAAAGAUGAAAGUUGGCUACAGUAGCUACAACGGAUCAAUGUUAGAGAUGAAAUGUUGUUGAAAACUGCAAAGUGCCAGAUAACGCAGUAUGUCUGACAAACUUAAAGAAUUUGUUUUGAAGAGAGGAAUUGGGCCGGCUGUACUACAAAGACUUGUCGCUGAUAAGAUUGACUGCAGUGUCAUGCUGUUAAUGGAUGUACAUGAAAUCAUACUUACCUGCGUAUGGUGAUAGAGUGUCGGCAAUUGCUUUCUGCAGGUGACUGGUCUCAAACUGAAGGUGAUCAGUGCUCAAAUGCAUUGAAUGAAUUACGUGGGAAAUGGAAAAAAGAGCGAUCUACUCUCCACAGCUGUGGUUUCAAGGCUGGAAAUGCUUAUGCGGAAAGGACCAUAAGAAGAUUGGAGCUAGGAUGGAUGGAUUACAGCAACCAAUCCAUGUGUUAUAAGCAAGUGAGGCAACGAUGUGGAGGUGGUGUCAGCCAUCUCACGGUUGAGAAAACACUUUCUUUAAAGGCAGUCCUUAACCAUACUUUAGAUGCAUUCUUUCCAUCCCACAUUUCCCAACGAGGUAUUCUACAAGAGUUUGAAACAGAAAUGAAAGACUUCCAAGGCAUGUGUGUCAAUAUGGAAAAUACAAUCAACGAACUCUAUAUUGAGUCAAAAUUAAAGAUACUUCGGGUAUAUUUAUAUACCAAAAAGAAGACUGAAAAGGUAGGAGAAGAGGUGCACACUGCAACCAACAAGCCGUCCAGUACAAUGGAAGAGGUGGCACCAGAGGUUCAGAUCGUGACCACGGCGCCGAUUGCUGUUCUUGACGCAACUCUUCUCGCAUCCAUCUUCGUCAGAUGAGCUUGACCAGCACACUGUAGUGUCAUUGCCAGACACCUCCCUCGUCUGGUAUACAGUGCGAGUCACACAGAUCAGAGACACUCCAAGCGUUUCGACAGGAGAACUGCUCAGAUGACAUUGAAUUAG